UCACAGAGAAAGGAGAUCCUGAAGAGGAGAUAGCCACAACCAAACCUAAUUUUUCUAAUUAUUACAAUUUAAGACAAACAUGAAUCCUUCAUUUCAAUGCAUACUUCUUCUGGCCUGCAUCACCAUCACCAUCUGCAACUCAAUACCUAUGACAAGAUGCAGAUGUCCAAACCCGAAACAAAUACCCAAAGCAAUAAACCGCACUCUAAUUGCUGAUGUCAUACAGUAUAAACCUCGUCCAUACUGCAACAGAUAUGAAGUAAUUGUCACCCUGAAAAAUAAAACAAAGACAUGUCUUGAUCCUAAGUCAAAGUUCACCAUUGCACUCCUGCAAGCAAAAGAACGGAUGGAGGCAAAUCGCAAAAAACACUCAAUGAAAAUAACUGCAGCAACUCCCACCUCAGGAGCAACAUCCUCAUAUUCUACCAAGAAGAGGCAUUAAGGCUGCAGUAUAUAGUUUUUAGUGUUUUUUGUCUGUACUUUUAUAAAACAUUGCAGUUUUUUUGCUAUAAGCAAAAUAUUUAUUUGAGGCAAUGACAGAUAAGAGAAUCUGCUCAGACAAAAUCACAAGUUUAUCUGCAAACUGUGUCUUUUAAAACAACUGUGGAUUUGUAUGUUGUUUUUUUUAACCCAUACAAGUUGAUAAAUGCUGUUUAAACACUUGGUUCACAUAUCAUUCUGUUUGUAUAUUUUUGAAAGAUGUAAAUAUAAUUGUCCUGCCAUUGUUUAAUCAUAUUUAAGUAUUUACAUAUCUGGGGAAAAAUAACAACAGUUCAGGUUAGGUUCAAGGGUUCCUGUGUUUAACUGAGCUGUAUUUUAAUACUUGCUGUCAAAACUUAAGUUCAUUUUUGUUAUG